GCUGUUGCUGCGAUAACAUGCCAGGCUCGACACAAAGGAAAACGUCAAGGCGUGCAGAAGAGCGUCGACACACAGCCAGGCGAUUUUUUACCUGGCAGGGUGUUCAAGGGUUAACCAGGUUCGAAGUAACUGCAGACUUUUUUGUUGUUGCAAAAAUACAUUUUUGUCAACAAAAUCAUGUGGCAGCCACUGGAACCUGGUAGUUCUCCUGUUGACUGGUGUGAAGGAAAUUACUUAAUAUCUCCUGUCAUCGCCGAAUUCGUUAAUACAUUCAGUAACGUGCUGUUCUUUCUCCUACCGCCACUUUUAAUGCAUUUAUUCAGAGAGUAUGCAAGAUUUGUUAAUCCAGGAAUUAAUGUCAUUUGGGUAUUACUGAUCGUCGUUGGAUUUAGUUCAGCGUAUUUUCAUGCUACACUUAGUCUCAUUGGGCAGCUGCUGGAUGAACUCGCAAUUUUGUGGGUCUUCAUGGCAGCAUUUGCCAUGUUCUUCCCAAGGAGGUUCUUUCCACAUUUCUUUCAGAAUGACAGGAAGCUAUUUAGCUUGGCAGCAAUAGUUAUGACAAUAUUUGCCACAGGCCUGGCAAUUCUACACCCAGCUGUAAAUGCAUUUGCACUAAUGACACUUGGAAUUCCUGCCUUUUUCUUGCUCAUCCAUGAAUUGAAGAGGUGUCCGUGCUGGCGGGUAUACCGUUUGGGAGUGCGCUGCGCAGCUGUGUGGCUGCUAGCAGUUACCUGCUGGCUGAAUGACAGGCUUCUGUGUGACACCUGGCUGUCCCUCAACUUCCCAUACUUACAUGCUCUAUGGCAUGUGCUUAUCUUCAUAGCAUCCUACACUGCAUGUGUGCUGUUUGCAUACUUUGCUGUCCAAGAGGAACGUCCAGAGCAGACACCUAUGCUGCGGUACUGGCCUAGAGAUGACUUUGAACUAGGAAUCCCGUAUGUUUCAAUUCGUUGCUACUAUAAAAAUCACAAGAAUGAAAUAUAAAUCAAAUGAGUUAAUGCCCUUAUGUUCAGUGUUGCUAGAUGUAUACCAAAUAAUAUUCAUAGUUUUUUAACAUUUUUACGUUAUUGUAUAGUAACUACAAUAACAUUCUACUGUUACUGGUAUGUUUGUGGUGUGCCACUGUCUUAUAAUUAAUAUUCCAACCUUUUCCCCCUCACAUGAACAAAUUGUCCCACAGUUCUUGGUAAUAGCCCUAACAACGAAUUUAUAAUGUAAAAUUGCACAAUUUCUGUUAAAAAGAAACUUAAUAUAUUUAAUUUAUUUAGCAAAAGUAUUGGCACAUGUAGUUGCCAGAGUUUAAAAAGAGAAAGUAUGAUCUAUAUGUGUACCCAUACAGAGGUUUAUAGCAAUAUAAUAUUUUUUAUUUAAUUUAAUUUCUCACCAUGUUGUAAAUAUUAGUAGUAUGUGAAUGUUUUUUGUACAUAAAAAUAGUUACUGAGUGCAAUAUUUAAUCACUACUUAAACGUUGUACCAUACAGAGUAGGAUACACAGUGUUACCUUAGUAAUUAAAUGUUCAGUUGAUGUUUAAGUUUAAACAGCUUUUGUUUGUCUAUAAAUACUUACAAUUUGUUUAAGACUGUUGAGGAGGUGAACUUGUAAACAGGAGAUAAUUCAUGAAACAAGUAUCUGCAAUAUCUAUAUAGGGCUGCUCCCAGUUAAGAGUGCCAAGCAUCAAAGCAGGAACAUCAUUAUGAUUAACACCUUCUGCCACUGAAAUAUAUGGUGUAUCUGUUUUGAAAGAUUCCGUAACAAUCCAAAAAUUUCAGUGGAAAAGAGCCUAGCUGGAUGUGUUAUUGUUCUGCACUACAUUCAGAAUGAACUUAAAAAUCAGGUCAUUUAUACAGGAUACAAUAACAAAAGUAACUGCAAUAAUAUAAUUUUUUCAUUAAUUUUUGUCAUUUUACCAUCUAUAUUAUUGACUGCUAUAUAGAUGUAAUUUCUUUACUUGCUGCUGGAAGUGCUUAUCAAGACCAAUUCUAAGAGUGGAUAUAAGGUUGCAUAUUGAAAAACGUUUCUCUCCAAGUAAUGCAUUAGCACCUGUGUCAUCAUCAGACACUAAAGGCAACCUAUUGUUGGUGUGCCACCCUUCUCUGUCCCUCACCAUUUGCUCACAGUUACUGCAAUUCAUUCCAUUGUAAUAUGGAUGUUCAAGGCCGGUGUACUGAUUUUUUUCUCAGUAUUUUUCUUUCAAGAUGUGUUCUAUAAAGCUGUUAUGUGAUAUUAGGUGUUCACUUAAUUUAGUUUUUCUCCUCUCUGUUGAUCAGAGUUCUUUUCUCUUCAGUUUCUUUUAAUAUUUAUUCAUUAGACGUACUUCCUUUCAAUGCAGGGUGUUUUUGUGGCUGCUCUCUAUAAUUUCUUUCCUCUUAAGUCCACCCUUCACAGCCAUAACUUAAAAUGGUCCAAAAAGUUAUUCUUAUUUCUGAAUGCUUGUUUAAUCAUUGCAGUCCUUUUUUUAAAAAAAAUAUCCAUUAUACUUGUGUUAUCUGCUAUUGUACUUCCUGAGUAGCUAAAUUGAUUUACUUGCGGUAGCAUUUUACUCCCUACCUUAAUGUUUGCCUUUACUUGUCUUUUCAAUUUAUUUAGCACAAUUAUUUUAGUCUUGUUUGCCUCUAGUUUAUGUGUAUCCAAGGCAUCGGACAAACUUUUAGUGUAAAGUUCAUAUUGUUACCAGAAUUUGCUAAGAUGAUUAUAUCAGCAGCAAAUCAAAUACACUGUAAUUGUUUCCAAUUAAUUUUGAUCUCUUUGGUGCUGCUUUUCAUUGCUCAUGUUGCACUGGCUGUAAAUAAAUAAGGAUAGCACACAUGGGAGAAUCUUGAAUAUAUUUGGCAAUUUUCACUAGUCAUUGCUAACCCCUGAUAUGAACUUAUUUGGCUUAUUAAGGGGCAGGCCUCUUCAACACACAAAUUAGAGGAGGGAGACUCUUGAAAUGAAUGACUGUUGCUAAAUGUGAAACUUUUUAUUCCUGCUGCUGGUUGCUAAACUACUGGCAUCAAUUCAAACUAUAUUGAAGUUUUUUUCUGGAGCAAUAACACCAUAAAGCUUUGGCUACAAGAAGUUUGCUAUUUUCUUACAUACGGUGUAUGCAGUUAUGUGGAGAAAAAAAAUCUGAAGUUAUGAUCUCCUGCACUUUUCCAACACUAAUUUAUUUAAACAUCUAUUUAAUAUUUCUUGCCUGUUUUGUAGUAAUUACUUGUAGAGAAAGUUAAUUUGCUUCUUCCAUGUGGUACAUGGAAAGUAUUGGGGCCAACAGGAAAUAUGUCUUUGUAACUGAUUAUCAGUUAUUAAUACAUGGCACUUGCUUUCCUAACAGAGUAAAAACAUUUGCUUUCAUAAGUCUUGGAAUUUAAAUUUGAAACUGCUCACUUUUUUUGUACUUCCUGCUGUACACUGUCCAGUCACACUAACGUGACGACCUGUCAAAAGCCUGAAUAGCCACCUUUUCAGUCUAAACCAAUGUGAAAUGUGGAGGAAUCAAAUCAGUGAGGUGGAAGGUACUAACAGGGGCACAGAGCUGUGCUACCCCCCCCCCCCUCCCGCCCCUCCCUCCCCCUGUACCAUGGCCAGCUGCGCAAGGUUUUGUGACUGAGGAUCCAUAGUGCGAACAGCUUGAUUGAAGUGGUGCCUCACAUUCUCAACUGGGUUUAAAUCUUGGGGUGUUUGGUGGCCAGGGGUGUAUGGUAAACUCAUCUGGUUCCCUUUGAACCAGGCACGCACACUGCAAGCUGUGUGACGCAUUGCACUGUCCUGCUGGUAGAUGCCACUGUGCCGAGGAAAAACAAGCUGCAUGUGGGAGUGGGCAUGGUUCCCAAGGAUACAUGCGUACCUGUGUUGGUUCAUUGUGGCAACCAGAAUGACGAGAUGACCCAGGGAAUGCCACACAAUUGCUCCCCAGACAAUAUCAUGUGCAGGGUGUUUGCUUUAAGAUGUUUCACACUGUACACACCAAUGGCCACCUGUCCAAUGAUGCAUAAAAUGUGAUUCAUCUUAAAAGGGUACCUUUCGUCACUCAGUGGAUGUCUAGUUGUGGUACUGGUGUGCCUUCAUCGCUGAUUAACAUCAGUCAGUUUGGGUGUAUGAACCAGCAGUGUGCUGUGGAGAUCCAUUUGCAGCACUGUUCACUGAAAUGUCAUUGGUUCAUCUGGACAUUCAGUUGCUCAACAGUUGCAAGUCUGUUUGCCCAUACGCAUAUUCGCAGCUGUCAUUCACCGCUGUCAUCUGUGGUCUGUGGUGCACCACAGUUGCUUCGGCACUGAUUUUGGAUUGCACCAUUUUACCAUGCAUGGUAUACUUUAACCAUGGUGGCAUGUGGACAGUUUACAAACUUAGCCAUUUCGGAAGCGCUUCCGCCAUGGCUCAAAAUCCAGUUAUCAUGCCCUUUUGGACAUCAGAUAAAUCACUAUGUUUCCAUAUUACGACAAAGAUUGCACUGUUCUUUGCAUCUUGUAACGUGCUUUAUGUACACCCUACAAUGGUAACGCUGCCGCCUGGUGUCUGUAAAUCGUUACUGCAUGCUGACAUCGAACAUAUGUGUUGGUCAUAUUAAUGUGACUGGACUGUGUAUUACCCACCAUGUAUGGAUUUCUGUUGUCACUGUUGUGAGACUACUUCUUGCCUAUGUGAUUAAAAGGGAAUAUGCUUAAUGAUAAUUGUAUGUGCAGUAUUUUGCUUUGAAUUUUGAAAAUUUCUUGCCCUCUCUAGUCUGAAUCUUUACUUAUUUACUAUUACAUGCUGGUCUUGUAUUUAGGUGUUUCAUUAAACACUUUGAUUUAUUUCAUAUUGCGUAUUACCCUCAUUGUAUUUUUCGCCAUAUCGGUCUCUGAUGAUGUAUUACAAUGUUACAGAUAAUGGAAACUGUAAUUUUUAGAAAUCUGCCUUGAGAUUCAGAGGUGGAAUUUCAUAUUAUAGAGCAGUCUCUGAUCUUGUAAUCUGUAACACAAUAAGCUUAAAAUAUUUUUUAAUAAUUUUUGUGUGUGAACCAGAAAUGUGAUUCACUGUGUUGGGUAUGCUCAGAAAGAAGAGACUGAAUCUCUCGGCACAUGUUACAUUGUCUGUGGCACAGUUUUAAUAUUGGAUGUUGGGGAUGAACUUAUGAUGUGCUCAUUCUGAAUAAAUAUUUUAUUUUCUACUAUUAGAGUGUCAAAAGGUAGAAUCAUGAGAGGACACUGUCAUAACAGAUGAGUAAUUAGAGUAUGGUGCAUGUGUGUCAAGAGAAAUUACAUUUAAAAACUGUGCUUAGCGAGUACAAAUUUCUGGUGUUUAUAUAAUUGAACAUUUACCUGAUUCUUUGACAGCUAAAUCUUAAAUACCAAAGAUAAUAAACUUUUGUAUAAUAUAGUUCAACAUUUUGUAUGAUUGUAUUUUGGUAAGAGAAAUAAAAAAUGAAGAAUUAUGUUGCGUAACACAA